AUGGAAGAAUUAGGUAUAUCUCAGGAUAGUGUGGUUGUUGGUGAUGAAAAGCCAGUAGUCAAGUCUUAUGCCAGUUUGGUGGCCCAAUUAGAGAAUACCGGUGUUGGCAGUAACGGUUUGUUGGAUGUCAAUGGUGCGAACUCUGACGUUUAUUUGAAAUUGAAGAAACUAGAAAAAGAAUACGAAUUAUUGAGUUUACAAGAGGAGUAUAUCAAAGAUGAGCAGCGUCAUUUGAAGAGAGAGUUGUUAAGAGCACAAGAAGAAGUGAAAAGAAUCCAAUCGGUUCCACUAGUUAUUGGCCAGUUCUUGGAACCAAUCGAUGAAAAUACUGGUAUUGUGUCAAGUACUACAGGUAUGAGUUAUGUUGUGAGGAUAUUAUCCACUUUGGAUCGUGAACUGUUAAAACCAUCGAUGUCAGUGGCGCUAUACCGUUAUUCAAAUGCUUUAGUCGAUAUUCUACCUCCAGAUUCAGACUCCAGUAUAUCAAUUAUGGGUGAUAAUGAAAAACCGGACGUCAGCUAUUCAGAUGUCGGUGGUUUAGAUAUGCAGAAACAAGAAAUAAGGGAAGCAGUUGAAUUGCCAUUGGUGCAAGCUGAUUUAUACGAGCAAAUCGGUAUUGACCCACCAAGAGGUGUCUUAUUAUAUGGUCCACCAGGUACAGGUAAGACCAUGUUAGUUAAAGCUGUUGCAAACAGUACCAAUGCAUCUUUUAUUAGGGUCAAUGGUUCGGAAUUCGUUCACAAAUAUCUAGGUGAAGGUCCAAGGAUGGUGCGUGAUGUUUUUAGAUUAGCAAGAGAGAAUGCACCAUCUAUUAUUUUUAUUGAUGAAGUUGAUUCCAUUGCCACAAAACGUUUUGAUGCACAAACAGGGUCCGAUCGUGAAGUCCAACGUAUUUUAAUUGAACUAUUGACACAAAUGGACGGUUUCGAUCAAUCAACAAAUGUGAAAGUCAUCAUGGCCACCAAUAGAGCUGAUACUUUGGAUCCAGCUUUGUUGAGACCAGGUAGAUUGGAUAGAAAAAUAGAAUUCCCAUCCUUACGUGAUAGACGUGAACGUCGUCUUAUUUUUGGUACCAUUGCAGCCAAGAUGUCAUUGGCUCCAGAAGCAGAUUUGGAUUCUUUGAUUGUACGCAACGAUUCAUUAUCAGGUGCUAUCAUAGCUGCAAUCAUGCAAGAGGCCGGUUUACGUGCAGUAAGGAAGAAUAGAUAUGUCAUUUUACAAAGUGAUCUAGAAGAAGCAUAUGCCGCCCAAGUCAAAACGGAUUCUGACGUAGAUAAAUUUGAUUUCUACAGGUAA